AUGGAUGUUGACUUUUUGUGGAAUCCCAGGGAGUAUGGAUAUGAUACUGGUGAUGAUACUGGCAGUGCCGGUGGCGAUGGUGGUUUGUCGAUCAUGGUGGGGGAGGUAGUGGUGGAGGAAUUGGGGGUGGUAAUGGUAGUGGUUGUGGCGGUGGGUGUGAUGAUGGUGAUGAUGCUGGUAGUGACUAGCAGUGGUGGUGACACUGAGGGUAAUGGUGGGGCUGAUAGUGGGGAUGGUAGUUGGGGUGAAGAUGAGGGUAAGGGCGGUGGUGGCGGCGUUAGUGAUGGUGAUGGGGCUGGCGGUGGAGGUGACAGUGGGGGUGGUGUGGGGGGUAAAGGCGGUGGUGGCAGUGGCAGUGAUUGUGAUGGUGCUGGCGGUGGGUGGUGA